CAGUGCCGGCCGAGAGUCCUCUGCGUGCGGCUGCCGCUGCCCCUCCACAUCGUCUCUGACAGCGCCGGCAGCAGGACUCGCGACCCUCGCUAGCCUUGCGCAUAUACCGCGGCCUCCACCGUGUCCAGAGGAUCAGUCGAGCUCCAUUUCUCUCCUCAGCGCCCACAUCCGGGGGCAAUCCGAUCCGCCGUCUCUGCGGAGGCCGCAUCUGGCUCGCAUCUGGAACCGCCCGGCCGGCCGCGCUGGAACCCGCGCCCACCCUGGCCCGGCCGCGCCGGGAGCCCUUCCCGGAGCUGGAGCCGCACCUGGAGCCGCGGGCCCGGGGCCCUGAGCCGCGCAGCCGGCGCAUGGUGAACUCGCUGCUGUUCGGGGAGAUGGCCUUGGCCUUCGGGUGCCCGCCGGGAGGCGGCGGCGGGGGCUGCCCCGGUGGGGGUGGUGGCGGCGGCGGGGCCGGGCCAGGGCCGUCGCCGGUGACGGCGGCGCUGCGGGAUGACCUGGGCUCUAACAUCCACCUACUGAAGGGGCUCAACGUGCGCUUCCGCUGCUUCCUGGCCAAGGUGCACGAGCUGGAGCGCCGCAACCGGCUGCUGGAGAAGCAGCUGGAGCAGCAGCAGAGCGAGCGUGAGCGGCGGCUGCGCUACAAGACCUUCUCCCGCGAGCAGGCCGUGCAGACCGGGCCUGAGCUGCUGAGGCCGCCCGCUCCCGGCAUCGGGCACUGCAGCGGCAGCGGUGCGGCGGCCGGCGCCAACGCUAACGCCGUGGCGCUGGGCGGCCUGCCCCCCGGCGGCGGCUCGCACCCGCAGCACUACGGCCGCCUGCCCGGGACCAUCUGGAGCUACACGCAGGUGCGGCGCACUGGCGGCGGCGGCGUGGAGACCGUGCAGGGCCCCGGCGUGUCGUGGGUGCACCCCGACGGCGUGGGCGUGCAGAUCGACACCAUCACGCCGGAGAUCCGCGCGCUCUACAACGUGCUGGCCAAGGUGAAGCGCGAGCGCGACGAGUACAAGCGGAGAUGGGAGGAGGAGCUGUCCAAGCGUAUGAACCUUCAGACCAUGGUGGACACGCUGCAGGAGGCGGCACAGGAGGCCGAUGCCAUCCAGGAGGAGAUGAACGAGAAGAUUGAGCGGCUGAAGGCCGAGCUGGUGGUGUUUAAGGGGCUCAUGAGUGAUCCCAUGACAGACCUGGAUACAAAGAUCCAAGAAAAGGCUAUGAAGGUGGACAUGGACAUCUGCCGCCGAAUCGAUAUCACAGCCAAGCUGUGCGAUGUCGCGCAGCAGCGGAACUCGGAAGACGUGUCCAAGAUCUUCCAGGUGGUCCCCAAAAAGAAAGAGCGUAAGGUGGCUUCGGAUGAUGACAUCUCAGAGCAGGACGGGGAGGUGAACCGGUUCUCCGAUGACGAGGUCGGCUCCAUGAACAUCACCGACGAGAUGAAACGCAUGUUCAACCAGCUGAGGGAGACCUUUGACUUUGAUGACGACUGUGACAGCCUGACGUGGGAAGAGAAUGAAGACACGCUGCUGCUCUGGGAGGAUUUCACCAACUGCAAUCCAACUAUCGACCUGCAGGGCGAGCAAGAGGAGAACUUGGGCAACUUGAUCCACGAGACUGAAUCUUUCUUCAAGACGAGAGACAAGGAGUACCAGGAAACGAUAGGUCAGAUCGAGCUGGAGCUGGCCACGGCCAAGAGCGACAUGAACCGCCACCUACACGAGUACAUGGAGAUGUGCAGCAUGAAGCGCGGCCUGGACGUGCAGAUGGAGACGUGCCGCCGGCUCAUCAAGGGCUCCGCAGACAGGAACUCACCAUCCCCCAGCUCCGUGGCCAGCAGUGACUCAGGAAGUACAGACGAGAUCCAGGAUGAGUUUGAGCGUGAGGCAGAUGUGGAGCCCAUGGUCAGCUGAUGACGGAGGCCCCGCAUGCCUGCUGGUCUUGGUGAUGGGGCUCCUGCCUUCUCUCCCCACGAGGCCAGGAAGGCUCCUCGGAGUGGGCUCAAGUCCUCACCACACAGACUUCCUAUGCCCUCCUUCUCUGGAGGUCCCAAGGAACUGCUGCUUCCUUCCUUCCACCCCAGCCCACCACCACCGGACCCUUCUCCAUCCACCCACCCACCCACCCAAGGAAUGGUGCUGUCAAUUUCUAUUCUCCACAUCACAAAUGCAGACUUCGGUCCGGAUGAUGCAGUGUUAACUGUGCCUUCUCCCUUCAGCUGAGCCACUUUGAGCUCCAAAGAAUUAUUCCUAGCAGGUGUUUUUAUACAAGUCUAAGGUGAGGGCCGGCCAGGCUAGGUAUAAUGCGGUUUUCUGCCCUCCCACCUGCUCCUCUGAUUGGCCAUGAGCUGUGCCCUCUCUUCCUCUGUGGCCAGUGUGGACUAACCCGGGGCUCGGGGUGGUCUGUCUCCCCUCCCCUUGGGAUGGGGACCGUUUGCCUCUGUGACCUUUCCAGGCCUGGGUGGGGAUGUCCCCAAUUUUCUCAUUCCCUGAAAGAGAGAAAGAUGAAAGGAAGGGAGGGAAGACAAAUUUUUCUUUUCUGUUUGGAUCGAGUGGCAAAGUGGGGGACAAGGCACAGUGGGGGAGAAGGUUGAGCCUCACUGUGUUUAAACUACUAUGCAAAAAACAAAACAAACAACAAAAAAGCAGCUUGCCUUAUAUCACUGUGGAAGGCAGGCCCUCUCCCAACUGUGCUUCCCCUCCAGAGCUGGGAGGGAGACCCGGGUUAAGGUGGUCUUUCUCGCAGCCUCUGAGGGUGGGCACUGACCGGGAGCAGGUGUGGCCAUCUGAUUGCUUGUCCUCUGUGGGGUCCAGGUGGGGAUGGGGGCCUUUUAUUGCUUUGAUGACUCUGUGUUUUUUCCUCUAGCCAACGGUACAAGAAUUCUAGGUCUGCAAUUUCUCUGUGAGAAAGUCUGAAGGUUCCAGGCCUGGUCUUCACUCUUUUCCCUUGGUCCUGGGUCAGGGCCAGCCUCCCAUAAGCCUGGUUGUCCACUGUCUCCCUAUUCUGCUAUAGGCAAGAACGAGGCAUUGGGAAGGGGAGGGGAAGGAGGCAAGAGGGCAGAGCAGACAUUGGGGAGGGGACUAUCCUUGCCCUGCUCAUGGACUUUUGGGGAGCUAAUCUGAGCCAGUAUCUCCCCCAAGGCUUGAGUGGGGCCAAGUUGAAGGGCACUGUGUUGAGACCACCCACCAGAUCUCAGCUUGGAGCCAGCCAAGCAGGCUUUGCUUUAUUAUUAUUAUUUUUUAAAUGUUUUAUAUCUACUGCAGUGGCUCCAACGCUGGUUUUCGGGUUUGUUGGCCCAGGAGCUCCCUCUGGUGGUCACAGGAGCAAAAUGUGCCCAAGGACCAGAACUCAAACUCAAACCAGGGCCUCUUGCCCAACCAGAGGAAGGGGCACUGGGUUUGAGUGGGAUCGUGGUCUCCCCAGGGUACCACAGACAUUUAAGGGCCUUCUCUCUCUUCUUUUUCCCCCACAUAUUUUUCAGUCUUAAAAAUACUGUACAUAGUAUUCAUAUAUGUGUAUAGAGAGAGUGAGAAUGUGUUAGUGACUGUAUCAUGUAAUCUAUCAGAUUUUGGUGGCCUUCAUCAUGAGUUUUUCUGUUUGUUUUGCUGGGGGAACAUCUUGUUGGUCCUUUCGUGGUCAGCAUCUCGUGUUAGCCAGACAGGCCCCUUGGCAGGUACUUGGAAGGACAAUGGUUUCGGCAGAGAGAUACCUCCUUUCUCUCCUCCUCACUGACCCUUGUUCUAAAGGUUACAGGGUUCAAACGUACCUGAUUAUUAUUAUUAUUAUUAUUAUUGUUUUUGUUGUUUUGUUUUUAUUUGAACCAAAGGUUAUCGGAGCCAGUUGGGCUUGGACCUCAGCUGCUGAAAAGAUUUUCCGUUUCCACAAGGGCAGAAGAAUGUCUGCCCCUGUGGGUCUCCUCUGCCCAAGGCUGAGGGAGGCAUCGAACUGUGUGUGGUUUGGGAGUCGGGCUGGUGGAGUGGAAGCUGGCCCUGAUUGUUCCUCAAGGUGGCGGGAGGGUGACAGACGUAUCUUCAGAGUUAAGACAGGGAGGCAGCAGUGCUACAGUGUUUGGGGGUAACUAAGGUUACCUUGGUGAUUGGUGUUUGGUGUUAUUAUUUUUAUUCCCCCGUAUACAUACAUAGGUCAUUUGUCCUUGGAACUGGGGUGCUCUGAAUUUGCCUAGAGAGUUUGAAAGUGGCAGGAGCCAGAGAGAGACAUGGGCCUGAGAGUCCCUAACUGUUGGCUUUCAGUAUCUGUCCUUCCUGUGGGAGCAAGGACUUGGGGCAGGUAUUUGGGUUAGGAGGGCACACAGGAUAGGACCUGCCGGCCCCCCAGGCUGUCCUGGGUCUGGUCUGGCCACCGCUUCCCCACCAUGUGCUUUUUCCAGUUAGUUGCCAGUGGGCCCUGCUUGUCCGUUUGCCAUGAGUCCACAGCUUGCCAAGAAAGACCCCAGCGCUCACUGGGGCAGCACCAGGCCUAGCUGGGGCAAAUCGGUCCGUCCUUUGUAAAGCUGUAAAUACUUGACUUUGAUUUUCUAUAUCUAAGCCCAGUGUCAUAUUGACAUUGGUAUUUUAGAAUUGUUCUCAGAUGGGCUCUCCAGUGCUGUCCUCUCUCUCUCUUCUAUUUUGGGGGAUUUUAUAUAGAGGAUUGGGGAGGGGCAGGAAGGGUAGCAUCCUAUUGGCUCCCUGGUUGGUUGUGAAAUACACACAUACACUCACUCCUCUGGGACUCUGAACAGGGAAAAACGCUAUUGGCAAGCAAACAUAUUUGGUUUUCCUGUGGCAGUCUAUGUUGAGGUCUCUGAAGCACCAGACCAUCAUGGACUUAGCUCUGUGGGUAGGGUUCAGAUGACCUGGGGAGAAUCAAACCACUCUCGCUUGGGUUGGGAGGAAAGGGCAGGGUAGGGGAUAAUAUAAGGUGUAACUUAAGCUAAAUAUAAUCUAUUUAUAAAGCAAGAGACUCAUCUAUUUUUAUGAAAGAAAAGAUUUUUUAAAUCUAGGGUAGGCAGUUGUGGUAGCCCAGCAUUUUUCUGUGGACCAGGUAUGGUGCAUGUUGCCACAGGAUUGAAUAUAAUCCACACCCUCCCCUCUUUUCUCCUGUCCUCACUUCUGAUCAUCCACACCUAUGAGCAGCUUCAGCAGCAAGUAGGUCCCACUUCACUCCAUUGCCCUCUCCCCUAAUCCCUGAGCUCCUUGGAAAUCUUGGAGUGGCACUUAUGGGGACAGGCAAGCUGUGGGGAAUUCAGAAUUGAGGCAGUGGGGGGGAGGGGUAUUAGAUAGGGGACAGCUCUAUGGUAGAGUAAUUCAUUACUCUAAGUCUGAUCUGCCGAGAUCCAUUUCCAACUUGGCUGUGUUGGCAAAGGGUUGAGAAGCAGCCAAGUGGGUGGGAAUGGGGCUGUCAGUUCAGGGGGUACAUGACUUCCUCAGGGCCUGGGCCCCGUUGUCAGGCAGCCAGAGCAGGAGUGGAAGUGAUAUAGGAUGUCCCUGGCCUGGCUGUGCCUACUCCAGGCGGAGGACAAGCUACAGCCCCUGCUGUCCUCCUCUGGGGCCCUGGGUAAAGGACUGGGGUGCUGGGGGUUUCCCAGACCUGUGUCCUUGAACUUUACUGUAGAAGGGCACUCUCCAAGAGUGGGGGGUCUGGAGGUGGUGGGUACGAGUAAAGCCAGAUUAUUCCUUUAAGGGAAUUUCUCAUGAGUGGAAGAUUCCCAGCCCAGGGUGUCAGCCUUGGGCAAAUUCCUCACUACCCUACCUCCCUACUCAACCCUUAAAGAAAUGAAACAAAGCCCUCCCCUGCAGGGCCCCUCUGUGGACAUUUUAGCAUCUACUUGAUUUUUAGUCCCAUCCUGGGAGACUUCCUAUCUCAUAGGUCCAUCCUACCCUACUUUUGCUGUUUGUCUGCCAGCUGGGUCUAGCAUCACUGGGCAGGGGCGUUUAUACUCAUUGAAAGACUACUGAUCCUACCGGAAACAAACCUGUUUACUGUAUUGUUGUAAAUAUCAUGCCCUUUAUAUCCUGUAUAUUGGCUUCUUUUAAAUAAAGUGAAAUGUCUUA